AUGGCCUCGCACAGCAGAUCCCUCAACAAUGACUACUCGGCCGGCCAAACCCCUAGACAACACUCACGGCAUGGCACCACGGGUUCGCGCGGCAGCUGGCAGCCUGCCGAGGAUGGGGAGCUGCAGAAAAUGCAGGGCAUGGGCUCGUCCGUUCUCAGCCAAGGCGAGAGGGAACGUGCCGUCGUCUCCUGGGCUUCCCUGCCGCACAAGGACCAGCUGCUCCUCCUCUUCCUGUGCCGCCUCGUCGACUUCCUGCAGGUGGCCUCCCUGCAGGCCUACGUCUUCUAUCAGCUCAAGUCCAUGGACGAUUCUGCCUCGGACGCUCGCAUCUCCCAGCAGGCAGGCCUGUUGCAGGGGUGCUUCACCGGCGCCCAGGUAGUCACCGCCAUGCUCUGGGGGAAAGCCGCCGAUGCAACCUGGUGUGGCCGAAAGUCGGUGCUCGUCGUCGGGCUCGCGGGCACCGCCUUUUCGUGUCUGGGCUACGGAUUCGCCACCUCCUUCUGGGCGGCCGCCUUUUGGAGAGCUUUCGGGGGGGGCAUCAACGGGACGGUCGGCAUCAUUCGCACCAUGAUUGCCGAGAUUACGAGAGAGAAAAAGUAUCAGUCGCGCGCCUUCCUCCUCCUCCCCAUGAGCUUCAACGUGGCUGGUAUUCUGGGGCCAGUCAUGGGCGGUAUCCUCGCCGAUCCGGCCAAGACUCUCCCCGGCCUCUUCGGAGCUGACGCCGUCUUGGGUUACAAGUGGAUUCACGACUACCCAUUUGCGCUCCCGAGCCUCAUCAACUGCGCACUCUUGACCAUCGUCACGGCCCUUGUAUUUCUCUUUCUCCGAGAGACGUCCGAGGAGAGACGAGGCAAGUUUGACUACGGCCUGCAUCUGGGUAACCGCAUCAAGCAGGCCGUGGUUGGCCAGGCCGUCGUGGCCUAUGACCCAGUUCCACGCCGGGACGUUGGCCCCGUGGAGCUCAUGCAAGAAAAGGUGGCGGUCAAGGCUGCAGGCCGGCUUCCAUUCCGCCGCAUCUGGACGCGCAACGUCCUGUUCACGCUCGUCACGAGCGCAUUCUACGACUUUCACCUCGGCGCCUUUGCCAAUAUCUGGGCCCUGUUCCUGUCGACGCCGCGCUACACGGCCCACGGAUCCGGCCAUCAGCGACGUCACCUCCCGCUGCUCUUCACCGGCGGCCUCGGCAUGCCGGCGUCGACGGUCGGCUUUGCCACCUCGAUCCUCGGCAUCUUGGGCAUGCUGCUCCAGGUCAAGCUCUACCCCCCGAUCCAGCAACGGCUCGGCACCAUGCGCUCCUUUCGAUACUUUCUCUUCCUCUUCCCCGUUGCCUACUUUGCCGCUCCCUACCUGUCCAUAGUCCCCUCGUCGACGACGCCACCUCAGCCGGCGGCAGGCCCCUUCAUCUGGAUCGGCAUCAUCUUGGUGCUCCUGCUGCAGGUGACGGCACGCACCUUUACCCUUCCGGCGAGCAUCAUUUUGCUCAACAACUGCAGUCCUCACCCGAGUGUGCUGGGCACCAUCCACGGCCUCGGCCAGAGCGUGUCGGCGGGCUUCCGCACCGUCGGUCCCGUCAUCGGGGCGCGAUGGUACGGCUUCGGUCUCGACAUCGGCGUCGUCGCAUGGGGUUGGUGGGGCGUUGCAGCCCUGUCGGCGGUGGGCUGCGUCACGGCCAUGGGCAUGCACGAGGGGAACGGCCACGAGGUAGUUUUGGACGGCGAAGGAGACGAUGAAUCGGUAUCGGAAGGGGAUUGA